GGGGGUGGCCAUCAAGUACCCAAAGCGGGGGGGCGAACCGCUAUCUUAGGGGGAGGUGCGGCGGCUGCUACCCGGUAGCGGUGCUGUGGGGCGGCGUGCCGCGGGCACGCGGCUCUUACCGCUCCUCUCCUCCUAGCUCUCGCGUUUAGUCUUUCCUCCCUCCACCUCCCUCGCAGAUUCGUUACCCCUCCCUUUCCUUUCGUUAUCCCUCCCCGCCCCACUCCCCACCUCCGGCGGCGCUGCGGAGCCGGAGCCGUGACCGGAGCGGAGCCAGCCGCGGCCUUUUCCCCGCCGCGCCAGCCUCCCGCCGCAGAAUCGCAUGUCCUCUAUCCAGAACCUCCAGUCCUUCGACCCCUUUGCUGAUGCAACAAAGGGUGAUGACUUACUCCCAGCAGGGACUGAGGAUUACAUUCAUAUAAGAAUCCAACAGCGAAACGGAAGAAAGACACUAACAACCGUUCAGGGAAUUGCGGAUAACUAUGACAAGAAGAAACUUGUGAAAGCCUUCAAAAAGAAAUUUGCUUGUAACGGUACUGUGAUUGAACAUCCUGAAUACGGUGAAGUUAUCCAGCUUCAAGGUGACCAGAGGAAGAACAUUUGCCAAUUCCUUUUGGAGAUUGGCAUUGUCAAGGAAGAGCAACUGAAAGUUCAUGGUUUCUAAAAUACCUGUACUCUCAUGAAGAAUCCUGCAGUAUUUGGUCUUACCUAGCCUGGCUCUUCUGUGAAAAAUGAAUCUUUGCAGUGAAUGGACUUCCCUGUUAUCUGAAUGUUUAAAAUCUGGUUCAGAUUUGCAUGACUGUGUGAAAUGUGUGGCGUGUAGACUAGAAACACAUAAGAAAACUUCAGUAAGGUGGUAAUGAAGACAGUUCUGAACUUCAGCACAUUUCCAAUGGAAAUGUUUUAGCGAUGAUUGUUCAGUUUUACUCUUCUUCAUCUGACUUACCUGUGUGAGUUGUCUUAAAAUAGUAUGUGUUGCUUAAAAAAAUAAAAGUUUAUUCAUGUAUUUUCUGGAAUAUCUUGAAAUGCUUUAGCUUAAGGUUUAAACUAGUAUAGUAGCCUUGCUACAGAAUGGCUAAAACUGUUUUGUGGCAAGUACAUCUCAGUGCUUAUUGAAUAAAUUGAUAAAUCUAUGUGAUGAAGUAUUAGCUAAUUAGUAGAUCAGCUUGAUGUGAUCUUAUGCUGUAGUGGUAAGACUAGAGCUUUAAGUCUCUUGUAUAGGCAUAUCUUGGUAGCAGUGUGGUAAGACAUUGUUUGCUCAGUAACUGAAUCUUCUCUCCAAAAUUUACUACAGUGACUGUAGUAGUAGUAGUGUUAAGUAUAAUAGGACUUACAGAAGCUGAAAUACUUAAAAGUUGCUGUUACUGAGAGCAUGUUAAACAUAUAGGUCUUAGAUGCUACUGCCAAAAGAUUUGAAGGAAGUACAUAGAAUUUUGUAUAUCUUCUGCUAGUGAGUGAAGGAGAAGGAUCUUGAGUUGGCUUCUGCAAUGACUGAGCAUUUAAUGUUGGCAAGCAGAGUACUUUAAUUAGCUGGUAGUGUUAGCUGCAGAAGUAAAAGAGGGAACAGGCUCUACACUAAACUUUUUUCCAAGUUUGAAAAGUCUUACUGUGAUUAAUGGUUAACAUGGAGGUUUAUUGCUGUGGGGUUUGGGUGUUACUACAGAAAUAUGAUUUGGGCUACUUUUCUAGCAAGUAAUUAAUUUGGUGUUAUUUGAAGUUAUAAUAGUUAUAAUUUUUUUUAUACCAAGGCUAUAUGUUAUAUGUUAGGCUAUAUGUUAGGCUAUUGCAGCUGGCUUUCAGCUAAUAAACUGGAGUAAGCUGUUGCAUGAAUUAUUUGAAUUGUCUUAGAGCCUAUUUAAUGCAGCUGUGAGCAAUGAAACAAUUGCUUCUGAAACUGGCAGCAGUCAGUACUUGUAGAAGAUGAGAUGUGGUGAUUUAAGUAUGUAAACUUUCUACUUGCGUAAAUUAUCAGAUACUUGACCUUCACUUGUGGUCUGCCAAAUUUGUCACAUUCUUUGCACAGCCUAAACAAAAAGCAUUUUAUUCUGGAGAACUCCUGGGGGCGGAGGGUAGGGAGGCAGGGGCUGGAGGGGGGAGAAGAGUGGAAAAACUUAUUAGGACUUAAGUUUGUCUUAAAUCUGUUUUAUUAAUUUAGAUUCUCCUGGACUGAAUGACCACUAACAUUGCCAUUCCUGUUUGUGUAUCUUUCAAGGAAGUUUAAUUACAGCUUUUAGAGCUUGGUUCUAAAUUUAUCUAAGCCCAUUAUAAAACUUGAAAUCAUGAACCCUUGUUGAAGCUUAAGUUUUAAAUAUUAAAAAAAAAAUCAGUUCUGCAUUUAUCCUAUUCUGUCCUCCUGAUUACAGUCAGUUUGCAGUUGCCCUAAAGAUGCAUAAUGUAUUCACAAGCCUUCCAGUAAGCAGAGAUUAUGUAGGCAGCGUACACUGCUUUAAAACCAUACCCUGUUUAUAGUUUGUGUAAGAGCUUACCUAAUGUGCUGCAAUGUUACAGACUGUACUAUUCUAAUCUUACAGUAUAGGGCAGAAGAGAUGAUUUGAGUUUUAGUCAGCAAUUCUUUCCCUUAAUCCUUCUGGAUGGCUUUAGUGUAUAGGACUCGUGUGACACCCCUGGUUAAAGUGGCUCAGCAGCAUUAUGUGAAAAUGUGUAUGAGAUUGGUAUUUAGCAAGUUAAAGAACAUGACAGGCCUUUUAUAGAUUAAUUUGGAAUACAGUUGGGGCUACUGUUGCUUUUCAUGUGUUCAGGGUUGAUUUACAGGGUCACUGAAUGUUGCUCUACUGUGCUGCUGUUGCUAGGAAACUGGAAAUGUUCUUAGAGGGUUAUGUGUAUUAUCGUAGUAAGGAUCUGCCAUCCUCCAAAGACUCUCCAUAUAUCUUUAUUUGGUGUAGUCAGGAGCAUGUCCCAAAUGCACAGCAACAUGAAAGCUGACAGUUGCCAGACCAAAAAUUCUUAAGAUGAAUAAGAGAAUAUUUUCUUAUUCGCUUUCCAGAUGCUCCAUGCCUACUGUUUUCCAGUUGAUAUGAAAAAUAUCAAAAGAGGAUUUAUACUUUUUGGCAUGCAUUUUUAAUUUUUGUUACAUGCCUAUGAUAUGAACAAGUCUUAACCUGUAUUGCUAGAGAGUUGAUACAACAGUCUUUUGAAAUAAAAUGUACCAAUGUUGUUUUAUGUAUGUUUUUCUAAAGCAAAUGUAUGUUGUUUUAUGUAUGUUUUUCUAAAGUAAAUGUAAUUUUAUGCUAUUAAGAAGGUUUUUUUGGUGUUUUUUGGUGGAAGUUAGAAGUGUAACUUAGUGGUGAUGUAUAUGAUCCUCUUGUAAUUGACCAUCUGAUUACUUCAAGAGAUGUUAUUUCUUCCUUUAAAUUUCUGCCAUAAGCCGUGUUAACUGACUUAAUAAAUAUUGUGACUUGU